ACCCGGGUCAAGUUUCUCUGACCAACCGGUGGGGCCUCACCGGGGAAAUUAAAUGAAUGUGGCGAUUUUGUGGAAUUAUUACUUUCCUUUUGAAGUGUGUGGUUUUUGCUUUCUUCCCCUCAUUUGAAAUGCGGCAUGUUGGACAAAUAAAUAUAUACCUGAGCGGUGAAUGACUCGUGGAAGUGGUCGAGAAGCGAGACGUCAACCGAGAGCGGCGGCGGCGGCAGCAGCGGCAGCAGCGGCAGCAGAAGCCGGGCCAGGAUGAACCUGAUCGGGGGCUACCAGCACCAUCAUCAUCACCACCACCACCUCAUGCACGAAGCCUUCCCGUUCGUGCAGCGCUGCCACCAGGACGCACCGCCGUACUUCCAGAGCUGGGUGCUCAACCACGGCGAGGUGCCUCCGGACUUCCAAAUCCAGGCGCCUUACCAGGCGGGCGCGGAGCUGACGCCGGCCGCGGCGGCGGCGGCGGCGGCGGCGGCGGCGGCCUCCUCCUCGCAGCACGAGCACGCCCGCCUCGAUGGCCUGCAGGCGGGCAUGGUCAAGCGGCGGGCUUCCGGGCCCAAGAAGGAGCGCCGGCGGACGGAGAGCAUCAACACGGCGUUCGCCGAGCUCCGGGAGUGCAUCCCCAACGUGCCCGCCGACACCAAACUGUCCAAAAUCAAGACGCUGCGUCUGGCCACCAGCUACAUCGCCUACCUGAUGGACGUGCUGGCCAAGGACUCCGGAGAGACGGAGGGCUUCAAGGCCGAAAUUAAGAAAUUCGACAAUCGGGAUCUGAAAAGGAAAAGAGAGAUGAACGAAGGUCCUGCACCGGACUCGUUUGGUACCGAGAAGAAGGUGAAGGGUCGGACCGGAUGGCCGCAGCAGGUUUGGGCUCUGGAGCUCAACCAAUGACCCCCCCCCCCCCUCACACACACACACACACACACAGCGCAAAUCCACCCUCAAGAAACCCCAGAAAACCACUUUUACGGCCAUACGUGAAUGCAUCAUUAGUCUGACGAAAAAGGACCGACGUCGGCUCGUGUUCUCUCCUGCUGUUUUAGCAAAUGUGGAAUAUUGUGUUUAUCCCUCUCUCUCUCCCUUCCUCCCUCCCUCCCUCUUGUUGUGUCGCAAAGAUCACGGUUUAAGUUAUGUAUUAGGGAAAAUGGUCCAUUUAAAUUAUUCUUUUACUUUUGAACUCCAGUUUAAAUUGCAACCCGUGUCUUACUGGUUGAAAUGUCAUCUGGGUAUAUUUAGCUGAUUAUUUGGAGGCUUUUUGUUGUUGUUGUUGCGGGGCUUCCCCUUUUGUAUUGCGUUUGUACUGGCACAUUGUUUUUCUUGGUCUACUGUAGGUCGUUUCGGUGCGCUCAUUUUGUUUCAAUUAAGGUGACGCAAUGUGGUUGUAUCCAACGUUCAAAAUGAGAGCAUUUGCCACGAAGCCAUACUCAGGCAAAACACGUCAAUGUAUUGUUUUUGUUGUAGAAGAAAAAUGACAUGACAAUCUACCUCAACGUGCUCACUGUCCGCUUGAAUGAGAAAGACGCAUGCACUCGAAUGUGGUUCACUUUCAACGCAGCUUGAUCAACUUGCAAAACACAAGAAAUAGAACCAUUUCAGUUGUUUAUCAUGAUUUGUGCAAAAUGUGGAUUGGAAUGUACGUUAGACGUGAAACGAUAUAAUAAAUGAAUAUUAUUUUAUGACACCCGCUA